AUGAACAAGGCCAAACAAUCUGCCGAUCCGGAAGAGACACCCGACAUUGUGCCCAACUACCCUCUUACCGGUAAAGCAGCCGAGGAGGACUAUCAGAAACAACUCGCCCUCCUCGAGCAGCAGAAUAAAAUAAGACUCGAGCAAGCUCAAGGAGGGAAAUCCUCCAACUCGUCAACACAAAACACCGAUCGUCGCACCUAG